CGCGCGGGGCUUUGUGUGGCGGCGGGUUCCGCGCGCGGCGCUGCCAUGGCGGCGUGGCUCGGCCCCGCGGACGAGGCGCCGGACGAGGCGGCCCUCUGGCGCUACGACUCCACCUGGGAGGAGGACGACGACGAGGAGGAGGAGGAGGGCGGCGAGGCGGCGGCCCGGGCCGAGCCGGCGGACGCGGCGGCGGUGCCGAGCGGGUGGCGGAGCUGCCGGCAGGCCGGCGGCGCCCAGUUCUUAGGCAAGCGCAACUGGAAUGCAGCAAGAGACUUGCAGAGAUACAGACAUUGUUACCCGGAUUUGAUAGAACCAGAAAAUGAUGAGGAGGAAGAGAUGUGGAACUUAAGUUUUUAUAAAAAUGAGAUUUGUUUUUUGCCCCAGGGUUUGCAUAUUGACACUCUUCUGGAGUCUUGGUGGGACAACUAUGAAGUUCUUGAAGAAAACCAUUCUUACAUACAAUGGUUAUUCCCUUUACGUGAACAUGGGAUGAACUGGCGUGCCAAGCCACUCACGUAUCAAGAAAUUGAGGCUUUUAAGAAGUCCAGUGAAGUUAUGCAAAGGUUUGAACGUGCUUAUCAACUCAUGCUGAGAUUUUAUGGAAUCACUCUGACUAACAAGAAAACUGGAGAACUUGAAAGGGCAGAGAAUUGGACUGAACGAUUUCAAAACCUGAAUCGGUUUAGCCACAACAAUUUGCGGAUUACUCGUAUCCUGAAGUGCCUGGGGGAGAUGGGAUAUGAACACUAUCAAGUACACUUGGUGAAGUUUUUCCUAACAGAAACUCUUGUUAAGGAAACAUUACCGAAUGUCAAGAGAAGUGCCUUGGAUUACUUUCUGUUCACUAUCAGAAGCAAACAGAAGAGAAGAGAACUAGUUCACUAUGCCUGGCAAUACUUCAAGCCUCAAAGCAGCUUUGUAUGGGCACCACAGGACAAACUGUUGAAGUAUAGGCCCUGCUCAGCCAAGACACUGCAGUACGAAAAGGAUGAAAGUAAGCAGGAACCUCCUCUUAAAAAAAGUGAUGAUUCUGUGGAAGAGAAUCAGAAGGGUCAGUUGCUAGAGGAGGAGCAUGAAGUUGGAGAUAAUGCAAACUUACAACCUGAAGAAGUGAAUGAAGAAGACAUAAGAGUGAAGUUAAGUGAACGUGUUUCAGAGGGAGGGGAUGGUGAAGAUGAGAAAGACCCUUUAUCUGCCCAGCAGGAGGAGAAGGACUUGAACAGUGAGGCUGAAGAAGUGCAGAGUAUGGCAGAGAAUGAUUCCACAAAGGAAAGCAAGAAGAGAAAACUGGAUGCAAGUAGGGCAGAGACUGAACACAAUGAGCCAUUGAAAAGCCCAACUGAUAUUGAAAAAAUUUCCCAUAAUCUAGGAGAAUGUGCAAUUGAUGCAGAAAUCCCCUCCUCUGUUCCAGUCUUGCAGACAGAAGAGAACCAAGAAACACUUAAAGAAGGCACCAUAAGCACUGAGGAUGUAGCAGCACUAGGGGCAGCUGAUGCAGCUGUAAAACGGAGGAAGGUUGAUAAAAGAACAUCGAAAGGCAGAGCAUGCACCUUGGCCAUUAACUUGAACAUGAGACCCCCUGCCUUCAGUGCCCAGUUAAAUACACCUGUUGCAAGCACUGAGACUGAGGAGGGAAAAGUUAGUGAAAAAAAGACGGCUGUGGAAGAGACCAGUGAGAAUGGUGGUGGUGAUGCAGAAGGUGGGGUUGUGGACUCCACAGUUGACUGUAAGGUCCCUAAAACGGACUGGAUUUCUCCAGUAAGCAAUGACCUGGAGUCAGGUAGAGAUCAAGUCGCAGCCGAGAGUGAUGAGCAUCCCUGCAAUAGCAUGCUUCUGGGAUGCAGAAGUGAAGCAGACAGGGUAGAACAGCAUGAAAAGGCAGAAGAAAAUGGAAGUGAAAAAGUGGAAGCAAAAGCUACAGGCCAGAACCAAGAUCAAGAGAGUCUUGAGCAAAGCAUGGCAUCCAUUUGUCCUGAACAAGACGGUGCUGAGGUUGCAAUACAAAAAGCCAAUAGCUCUCAGCAUGUUGCAGAACCUAAUGAAGAGCAGGUAGCGACAGAGUGAGACAAGUGUGGCAACAGUACUGGAGCAAGCAAAGAAGAGAUUGCUUUAACUGCUAGGAGCCAGCUUUGGUAAUAUGGAUAGCAGAGGUACAUGGAAAAAAUAAAUUUCCUUCGACUGAUCCUGGUUAAACCCAAUCUGACCUUCACCUUCCACCCUUUUUUCUUUAUUAAUCAUUUGUAGUGACUUUCUUGAGAACCAGCCCUUGCUUACCCUAAAGAGGAAAACUAAUCAUCUUCAUGGAUGGGCUGUGUUCUGUUACUGUUUUUUAUCCAAUAUUCAGGAGCAACAGGGAUUUUUGCACUUUGCAUUGUUUGUGGUAUGUCCCUUUUUAAGGAGAAGAGGAGAAUGAAUCUAUUUCCUUGUUUGAACUAGUCAUGUACUAAAUACAAGAUUUUUAAUGUGGGACAGACAAUAUGAGCUAUUUUUUUUCUAUUAUUAUAUAACUUUUUGUGGUUACUUGGAAAGUCUGCACCUUCCCUACAGGCUUAUUUACUCCUGGCAAAGGUGCUGUGUGUCUGCUUCUUAGGACAGAAAUUGUAAUUUUUGUGGCAUUUGCCUGGAAGAAAUGAGUACAUGCAUUUUGCAUGCAUGUAAGAGUGUAGUUGCCCCUUUCCUCCUGUAAGAAAACAGAUUUGAUCUUAGCCUGUCAUAAAUAGAUGCCUUUAAACUAUAUGUGUUAUGAUCAAUAUUAACCUCUGUUUAUAAAUAAUGUUCCCCAUGAUGCAAAGUGUUGAAUAAUUUGUUCCAUUUGUCCCCAGCAGAAGUUGCCUGGUAGCACUUGUUAAGAGCUGCUGAAAGCGUGAGUUGUCUACCAGUUUCUAAAAGCUUUGUUUAAAGCUGUCUGGAGCUCUUCUUUCCCAGGAUUUUUCAUCGCUUCCAAGCCUUUGGUAGUCUUCCACACACAUUUAUGUCUGCUGCUGGUUCAAAGGCCUUUCUCAAGGCCUUCGCUGUUAAUAUCAGGUGGCUUUCGUUAUCUUUUCUGCAGGCCCAUUGAAUGAAGUUGGAUGAGUCACAUUUAAACAACUUUCUAGUUAUGGCAGAUCUUUUACCAUUAAUGAUCAGGAUGUCAGACAGCAAGGGCAUGUUCUACUACAGUGUGUCUGGAAAUCACUGGGGCUUUGUUGUGGAGCUUUUAAUUGAGACUAUUUAAUUGGAGGAGGUAGACUUGUCUGGUUAAUUUAUUUAUGGUCCUAGAGAAUUUAAUCUGAAACCUUGAUGGCUGUUUGCCUGCCUUAAUGUUACUGACCUCCCCCAUUAGCCAUUCUGCCUGACUUAUGCAGUAUUCAGCCAAGUCUGAAGGAACAUUAAACAAUUUCGCACUUUUUUGCUCCUGGAGAUUUACAACGAGGGAUCUGUUUCAUGAAGUAAAGGAAACCAUUUCUAGUGGCCAGAAGGCCUGGACUUGAUGUUUACUCAGAUUGUGUGUUUUAGUCUUGGGGUUUUUAGGUGCUGUUCGCUUUAUGUAGGAGAGGGUUGGUGGCUUGCCCUCUUGCUGGAGAGCUGAUGCAGUAGCCCAUGCAAAGUUAAUGUUUCUCCUCUCUCUGCUACAGCUCUUGCGAAGCUUCAUCUCUCAAGGAAUUUGAUCUGUGAUUUGCCUUCCCAGUCUGUAGGCCCUGACUGAGCAUGACACAUUACAUGUGUAGAGGAAAGAAGUCUUAACCUUUAAGGCAAUCAUUUAAUAUUCAUAGUCACACGCACACUGGAAAAAGGCUUAAAUAUUUUUUAAAAUCUUUUAUGAAAAAGGAUGUUAAUAGUCACUAAGAAUACAGUUAACUACAGAUAUUAAUACUUGAACAUGUUGUGUGGAAAAUCUUUUAUGAAAGAUUCAUAAGAAAUUGUUAAUGAUGGUUUUUGUACAGAUUUACAGGCUUUUUUAUUUAAUGAAAUUUCCAUUGUGAAUAUGUGCUCAAUUAAGGCAUAUAUUAUAAAUCUUGUAUGAUGAUGUGCAGCUUGUUUGUUUCUUUUAAUGAAAUUUCAGUGAGAGCCUUAGUCUGGAGUGUGCAGGCUGUUCUCUGUCAUGAUCAGGCUGUAGAAUUUCAGCUGUGGAUGUUAGCAGUGAGUUCACAGGAUGUGUUUUCUAUCACUUGGAGCUGUAUAACAGAGUCUGUUAUGUUAAUGUCACCUAUUAAAGCAUGAUUUCAAUGCGUA